AUGGUUGACCAGCUGGUCAUUUAUGAAAAUGAUACGAAGCUCAGGAUUGUUAGUAAAAGUGCAGUAGGAAACACCAUUUUAGGGAGGAAAGCUUUUGAGUCUGAACUCUCUCUUUCCUCUGUGACAUCGGCCUGUAAGAAGGAAACAAAUUAUUUUGAUGGUUUAAAUCUGGCUGUUAUUGAUACUCCAGGUCUGUUUGAUACAGAUAAAAGUAAUAAAGAGGUUGUGGAAGAAAUUGCUAAGUGCAUCUACAUGGCGGCUCCUGGUCCUCAUGUCUUCCUGGUUGUUCUCCAACCGACCAGAUUCAUAGCAGAAGAAAGAGAAACCGUGGAAAUAAUCCAGACAAUGUUUGGAGAAAAAGCAGCCAGAUACACCAUGAUUCUGUUUACCCAUGGAGAUUUGAUGAGAGAGGAAAACACUAACAUAGAAGAAAUGUUAGAAACAUUCCAACCUCUAAAACACAUCAUCAGUCAGUGCUCCAUCUUGCAGAAACUUGAAGAUAAAUAUCAUGUUUUUGGCAAUAAAGUUAAGGAUCCUCGUCAAAUCAAGGGCCUGCUGCAGAAGAUCAACAGAAUGAUUCAGCAAAAUGGAGGAAGUUACUACCUAAAUGAAAUAUUUGAGAAGGCAGAAAGAGCCAAGCAAGAAGAAAUUAAUUCUCGGAUUUUCUUGACACAACUGAUCAGAGAAAAUCCAGACAUUGAUCCUGAAGUUGCAAGAAAGCAGGCAGAGACAGACAACUCAUUUAUCCGUGAUUUCCUGGAGGCUGCAGGAGCUGGAGCUGCUGCAGGAGCUGCUGCAGGAACUGUUGUUGGAGAUGUGGGGGGACCAGUAGGAAUUGUUAUCGGAGGUGGUAUUGGAGUUUAUGUGGGAGUAUUUAUUGGAGCUGCAGCAGCAGUGAAUGAGAAGGGAUGUUCUACACAGUGA